AAUGUCAACUCACAACUGUCAAAUAUGUUGUGUUUGUGUUGUUUGAACUUUUGAAUUUUUCUUGCUUGUUUCGCUUGUUGUAGAUGCACACUUCAUUGCACAGAUUUCAAUUUUUAUGUAAAUUGUAGUGGGAUUGUGAAACACAGUUACACAGCUUAAUUCUAUAAAAUUCAAAUCAAGUUGUUCGUAAUUACGAUAAUUUAUUCGUUAACUUCAUAAAAACUUUCGAGAGAAUAACUUAGAAGUAUUCAGUUUCCGCAGAUUAUUAGGAUAUUUAGACGCUGUUUAUAAUGGAAGGUGCAUACAGGGACAAAUUUUCGUUUAUCGGUGAAUGGUACGAUAACCAGGCCAGUCUCGUUCGCCGGUUUAAUAUUUUCUACUAUCCUACUGACGAUACAGUGGAAAUGUAUGAUUUGAAGAAUCGAAAAACUUUUCUAAGAAGAGUUAAAGUGAAUGGUGUUAAUAUAGACAGUUUUUUCAUUGGAUCAACUUUACCUAUUUUGGGGCGGUUAGUGAAAAUAGUUGACUUCGCCUGUGAAGAUACAAGAAAGAAAUUACAUAAAGACAUGGAAGUAACAUUUGCAAUGAUCAAGCCAAUGCCUACCAAUAUAGUAGGGAAAAUCAUCACACAUCUUAAUGAGAAGAAUAUGAAAAUAACUAAGAUGAAGAAAACAACCUUGACUGUUGAUGAUAUAAACUUUAUAUACCGCAAGCAAUUGUCAGAUGCAACAUUUCCGUUUCUCCUAGAUCAUCUAACUGGCCAGCAAGUUUUCUGUAUGGAACUUGUGGGUAGCGAGUCUGUAACAGCUUGUGUAAAAAUCCUUGGCCAUAAAGACCCAUUGAAAGCAGAGCCAGGCACCAUUAGGGCAUUGUAUGGGACUGACCCUGUGAGAAAUUGUGCUCAUGUCUCCCCUAGUACUGACGCUGCAGUAGAGGACUUGGACUAUGUGUUCCCACCACCACCAUUAUCUUCUGUACGUCUCCGGUUGACCGCUACCCUGUCAAACUGCACGCUCUGUAUAGUGAAGCCGCAUGCUGUGCGCGAGGGAAAGCUGGGGGCGGCCUUGGAAGCCAUUGAUGAGGGUGGAUUCCACGUGACAGCGUUGAAUAUGUUUAUUGUAGAGAAUAUCAACGCUGCUGAGUUCUAUGAGGUGUAUAAAGGCAUUGUUCAAGAGUAUCAGGGAAUGGUGGAAGAGUUGGCCAGUGGCCCGUGCGUGGCUAUGGAACUAGUUGCCAAAGACAAAAACCUUAAUACUGCUGUAGAAUUUAGAAAAUUAGUUGGACCCGUAGAUCCGGAAAUCGCCAGGUUACUGCGUCCGCACACAUUGCGAGCCAAGCUCGGGAAAACUAAAGUGCAGAACGCAGUCCACUGCAGCGAUCUAGCGGAGGACGGGUUGCUAGAGGUUGAAUAUUUCUUUAAGAUAUUGAAUUUAUAAUUCCAAGGCUGGUUACUUAAUAAUUAUAGUAUUUA